CCGACGUGCAGCACGACGCGCACGACGAGCGCGAGCACGCAGGGCCAAUGCCCUGCGUGUAGGCACGGCCGACGAGCGGGCGGCGGGCGGACGAACGGACCACCGAGCUAGGUGAGCGAGCGGGUGGGUGAACCACCAGACACGUGGGCGGGUGGACGAACGGAGGGCCAAGGUGCACGCGGGUGGAGCUGGCAGGCGGGAAAACGGGCGGGUGAGCGGGCGAAGGGACAGGUGAGUGAAAUAACACACACCCCGACCACCAGCAUGCAGGGACGGCUGGCGAACGCGCGCAUGAGCGAGCGGCCAGGUGAACAAGCGCACGGGCGGGCGAGCGUACGAGCAGACGAACGCGUCGGGCAGACGAACGCACGGGCCGACACAUGCCAGUGGAUGGGCGGGCGCGUGGGUAGGUGGACGAAGAGGUGUCGCGCAGCACGACACGCACGUCGACCGCGAGCGCGCCGGACAAGUGCCCAGCGCACAGACACGGCCGACGAACGCACACGCAAGCGAACGGGCGGGCGGACGAGCGAACGCACAGUUUGGAAACCGGGAAGGCGGGCGGGGAAGCGGGGAGAGGGGCGGGCAGGGAGGCAAGCGGACGAGCAAGCCGGAACGCGCGACGACACGCACGGCAACCGCGAGCGCGAUGGGCAAAUGCCCAGCGCGCAGACACGGCCAACGAACGCACGCGCCGCGAGGCGGGAGAACGAGCAGGCAGGCCAGCUGGCAUGGACGGGGACACGGUGCGGACAAGCACCACACGCAUAUCGACCACGAGCGUGCUGGGCGAAUGCCCAGCACGCAGACGUGGCCGAUGAACGCCGGGCGGGCAUACGGGCGAGCGAAGGACGAGUGAGAGUGAGGUGGGCACACGAACGAGGCGGGAGGGCAGGCGAGCGGCGUGUACAGACGGGAAGUGCGCGGACUCUCCCGUCGGCGGGUACGGAGCUGUCGGGGACGCACGGGCGGAUGGCGGGAUCGCGCGAGCGCGAGUGCGGAGGACGGCGAGCGGGGAGGAUGGAGGGUGAGGGCAUAGCAGCGAGGACAACGGGUGCACCGUUGACCCGCCAACUUGCCCGCACACUCGCUCGCUCGCUCGCCUGCCUGCGCGAGCCUCCCCGCCCUCCUGCACACUCCCCCACUCACCCACCUAUUCGCUCGCCCACCCGCGCAUGGACCUGCAGACCCGCCGUACCCGCACGUGACCCGUACCCGUGAAGCGGGUACGGUACCAGGGCGGGUACGGGUACGGGUAAGCCCCCGGACACCCGGGGGUUUACCUGCACGACAUGUUCAAGUUCUGGAGGACCCCGCGCUGAUAUACUACUGCGAGAACGAGAUGGUGGACGGCGUGGAGUUCUCGCAUGAGGACGCGUCCCCGGCGUCAUUCCCGUUCCAUCUC